UCCGUUCCUUUCCCUAGGGUUCGUAGAGUUCCCCAUUAGACAUUUUUCACUUCGUCUGGGAAACCAAAGAAUUGCAGAGGACCGGCGAUGGGCUACACCAAAGACCAGCUGCUCGAACAUCUAAAGGAGCUUCAAAUUGAUUUUUCCUGUUAUGAUCAUCCUGUGGCCUUGACAGUUGAAGCUGCGGCAAAAUAUGUUGGACAUUUGGGAGGUGGAUUGGCUAAAAAUUUAUUUUUGAAGGACAAAAAACAUAGGUUUUAUAUUGUUUCCACUCUGGCGGGUACAACUGUGGAUUUAAAAGUUCUGUCUCAGCGGCUUGGUUUGGGGAAGGGAGGACUGAGAAUGGCUUCUGAGGAAGCUCUACAAGAAAUCCUUCAGGUUCCAUUGGGCAGCGUUACUCCAUUUGCAUUAAUCAAUGACUCGGCACGAAACGUUUCCCUAUUGCUGGAUCAAGGAUUCAAAGCUCAGAACUUCUGCAUCUUCCACCCACUCACAAAUGAUGCGUCCAUCUCCGUAACAGCUUGUGACCUUGACAAAUUUUUAAUUUCAAUUGGAAGAAAUCCCUCAUAUGUGGACUUGAAGGUGGCUAAUCCCACAGUGGGAAAGGAUCAACCUCCUGAUUUAGCUGCUGUUGUUCCAUCUGGCACAAUAGAGUUGCCAGAUUCCUUUGCAAAGGCAGAUGCUGUUCAAUAUCCUUCUACAAAGCAUGCUCCAGUGGACCAUAAGACACUGACAGGCACAGAAGCUGUUAAGAAGUCCAAUCAUGCACCAGGUGUUAAAGUUAAGCCCCAAGGUGCUGCUCAUUCCUCUAGCUCCAAUUCAAAUGUGAAUAAAUUUGUGGAAGAAAUCUUGGAUAAAAUGUCCACUGUGGUGCUCCCAGCGGUGCGUGACAAGAUCGGCAAAGAGACUGUCCAACAACACGGAGAGCAGCUGGGGCCAGUCAUAUCAGACAAAGCCAGAGAACGUUUGAGAUUGGAUUUGGAGAGCCUUACAGUGAUGUUCAAGAACACAGUGUACACACAAGGGUUUGUUGCUGGUUCCCAGGCUGACCCGGUGCCUAAAUGUAAAUGAAAUCCCUACUGCCUUCUCUUGAUGAUCAGGAAAUUGUUCAGUGGCUGGAAAACCAUUUGAUAUCUGUCCAAUCUUCUGCCUCGUAGGCGAUUAUUGUCUGAAAUUGAUUUAUAUUCAUACUAUUUGGUGAUUGAGAUCUCAUCUCUUUUCCCCUUAUUUACUAACUGAACUAUUAGAUUCAGUUUUGUACUCGAGGAAAUGUUUGGAAAUGCACAAAAAUUAGGACCCGAAUGGUAUUUUGGGAUGUAUGAUGAUGUUGAACUGCACCACCCGACCUUGAUUGAGAAGACUUGUGCUCCUGCACCAAAAUUGUUCUUCCUUUGAGCUGGUUACCAAAUAAAACCCACACCUCAAACAUUGUUUGGCCAGUGAUGUUGAAAUUUAAACU